AAAAUUGAACCUCUCACAAAGCAAAAUCCUUGGAAAUUUCCAAUAUCCAGAAACAUUCCACCCUCCACAAAAAUCACAUCUACCUAACCCCUCCCCAAACAUAACUCCGCACAUGUCCCUACAGUGUAGAGCCUACACUGUCUGCUUUCUCUCUAAGCAAGUAGGGGUCGAGGGUGCGACGGUGGUUCUCUGCCGCUAACCGCGAAAUGGAGAAUAUAUGGAACAAAUGGGCGGCUAAGCUCGCCGUAGCAUGGCAUAAUGAUAACACGCUCGAAUAAUAAGGAUAGCAGCAGAGGAGACAGGGUUGGAUACGCACGCGUGGGUCCGCGUUUGGGGCCCGUCUUCCGCUUCCACUUCGGUGAACGUUCUGGCUUUAACUCCGGCUCAGUUCCACUAUGUACUUCUAGCAUUGUGCUCCGACGUCCUAGAUAACUUCGUUUUAUCUCUAUCUGUUUUCUUUCCUCGUUUCUCUCUUCCUCUUCGUAAUCAAUUUGUUUCGUUUCGAUCAAACAAAACUGCUUCGUACCCGGUUCGAGACGAAGUACGGAAUUUGAACGACGUUGCGAAGUGUUUCCGGUUUGUUAGGGGAGCGGAGUUUAAAUUACGAGAGAAAAUAUUGCACGAAAUGUAACUAUUUAUUUGUCAAGUCAGAACUAAACGAUAUUAAAACAGACAAAGAAAAAAGGCAUGUCGAUUUGGUAUUAAUUUUGGAGUGCGUCAAGGGUGCGUCACGACUGCGUCAUAAGACUCGUCACAAUAGCAAGAGUGCGUCACAGGUGCGUCAUGAGAUUCGUCAAAAUAGGGUGCGUCACGGGUGUGUCAUGAGUACAUAAAAAAAUUCGUCAAAGUAGUAAGAGUGCGUCACGGGUGCGUCACAUGUAUAUGAAGAAACUCGUCAAAAUAGUAAGCGUGCGUCACAAGACUUCAAAAUAAUAAGAGUGCGUCGCAGAUGCGUCAAGAGACUCGUCAAAAUAUUAAGAGUGCGUCACGAGUGCGUCAUAAGACUUCAAAAUAGUAAGAGUGCGUCAAAGGUGCGUCAAGAGACUCGUCAAAAUAGUAAGAGUGCGUCAAGGGUGCGUCAUAAGACUUGUCAAAAUAUUAAAAGUGCGUCAUAAGUGCGUCAAGGUAUUCGUCAAAAUAUUAAGAGUGCGUCGAGGGUGCGUCAUAAGACUUGUCAAAAUAAUAAGAGUGCGUCAAGAGCCUCCUCAAAAUAAUAAGAGUGCGUCGAGGGUGCGUCACGACACUCGUAAAAAUACAAAGAGUUAAAUUACACUAGAACAUGAAAUUAUGUCAAGACUUUAUUACAAAUAAUAAUGAAAGUGCUCUGCGUGAUAUAAGAUAGUUUAAACGCGAUCUAUUCAGUAGUCGUUCAUAAAAUUUUGAAAAAGUUCGUGGGGGAUGAGAACGCGUUUCGAUGAAUCACCGAUGGCGGCGCCACGAGAGUUCCUCGUUCGCGGAGUUUCUUUCGAAUUUCACAACAGCUCAUUCCGUGUUAUGUUCUUCGACAGCAAGAUCGAUGCUUGCUUCGAACGAUGCCUGUGAAUAACUAUAAACUUUGUGUCUACUUUUAUAAUAAAGUACAUUCACUUGUUUGAACUUGACGUAAUUUUAGAGGCGUAGUUUUGAACUGGACGUAAUUUUGUGAAAAUGUUUCGCAAGUUUUAUUUGAUGGAAGUGUUUGUAGUGGAAAGGUUUUAGAACAAAAGAAUUUUUGUUGAAUUGGUGUAGAAUCUGUGUAGUUAAUAAUAUAUGAAAUAAUAUUAAUGAGUUUUGAAAAUUUAUUUUGGCGCCAAAUAUUCGUAUUUACCGCCAGACUUGAAGAUCGACUUAAUCGUACGCAUAAAUUGAAUGAAUUUAAUGACGUAUGAUAUACUAAAUAACUUUAAACUUGAUGUUCAAUAAGUUUUACAAAAAACUUUUAUUACAAACUGAGUUCCACUUGUGAUUAAACUGUGAGACAAUUAUAGAACCCUUAAACUUAAAUAAUCCUCUAAUAAUAAAAUAUAUGUUUAAUAAAAUUUGCUUAAAUAAAAUAGUCGUACAGCAGUGAAAUGCUAAAACAAUGAACUGAACAACCAUAAUAAAUCAAAGUAUACAUCGAUCUAAAAUCGAUUACAUCGAACCAGUGUCAACUAAGUGAUCCCCUGCACUGAAAUUCCCGCCAAAUUUGGACGUUCGAAAAGACCCAAACCAAAACUAUUAUAAUAGAAAUUUAAUAAAGAUAUUUAUAAACAGAUUGACUUAAAAAUAAAAAUAUUUCAAAAUGAAGUUCAACUUUCAAUGGACAGUGAUACUAGCGAUAAUUGUUGAAAUAACCUGCGAACAAAGAUUCGCGGAAACUCCUGAGUUGUAUCAGGAAGUGUCCUCGGGCGACGACGCGCAACUGCGCUGCAGAGUGCAAGACAAACGAGGUCAAUGCAUUUGGCAAAAGGAUCGGAAACCAGUGGGCAUGCAUCCGGAUAAAUACGAAUGGGCAAGUGGACGGGGCAGUGAUUGCACCCUUCUUAUUCGGAGAGCGUCUCUCGAUUUCGACGAUGGAUACUGGGAAUGUCAAGUUACCUCGGGUGAUUUUACGAGACAGGAUGCUUUGACCUCUUUGCCGUCGAGAUUACUUGUCAGAGUGAAACCCCGGAAGCCACGGUUGGAGUACGGGGGAACCAUUUUGAGCAAUGCGCUGACUCUAAGGGAGGGUCAGGAAGUUACCAUUUCCUGCGUGUCCAGAUAUGGAAAUCCGGCGGCCCUUAUAAAGUGGUACAUAGGAGGAAACGAAGUGGAGCCCUUGAGGGAGCAAACGAACGCGACGGAAGUAGACAGCCCUAAAACCUGGGCGGCCCACAGUCUCCUCCGAGUCCGUGGACAAAGAGAGAACCAUGGUCUACCGAUUCGAUGUAUCACGAUCCAUCCGUCCAGCGUCGUUCCAGCUUCUGCGGAAACACGACUGGAUGUGCAUUAUUCGCCUGAGGUGAGGCUGGAGACGAAGCCGCGUCUGCUGGUGGCGGCUCUGGAGGAUUCGGCGAGUUUUAUGAGCCUGAAAUGCUUCGCGGACAGCAAUCCCAGCGGAACGAUCAAGUGGUUCAAGGAUUCAGCUCCCAUCACUGUAACGAGCAACGUGGUAUCGUUGAUGUUAAACAGAACGCAGCAGAACAGCACGUCGGCGGGCUCCGAGCUGAGAUUCGAGCCGGUCAAGAGAAACGACGCCGGUCUCUAUUCUUGCAAGGCGGUCAACGUUAUCGGUGAAAGCACCGCGGCUAACUACAGGCUGGACGUACAAUACGGGCCCCGACCGAAAGUGGACAGAACUAUCAACGAAACGCUGAAGAAGCUGGAAGAGACCACUCUUCUCGGAACUAGUUUGGAGCCCUUUGAGUGCGACGACUUCGAGGCGAACCCACCGGCUCAGUACAGAUGGGUGCACCUUCGAGGCGGCGUGACCGAUACCAUCGAGAAUCCCCUGCAGAACAAGGACGGCGGUAAACGCCUGCGUUUGGAGAACGUGAUGUGGUCCGACGAGGGGGAAUAUCGAUGCGUGGCGUUCAACGUGAUUAAUGGAGUGCGGAGAGAAAUGCCCAGCGAGGCUCGUUAUAUGCUCCACGUAACCGGCCCACCUGAGAUUCAGGCGAGACCUGCUUCCGGGGAAAAGGGUUUCUACGAAUCCUUGGGAUGGACCGGGGAAGCCGAACAUGUGCUUAAGUCUCGCUUUUGUUCGAGGCCGCCGCCUAGACUCGUUGCUUGGCAGUGGGGAAGCUCGCACAUCAGGGCAGGAGAGAAUAUUCAUCCGAAGUACGAGGCCCUCCCGCUGGAGCACAUCAAGGAGAACGAGAUGCUGACGAACUGCUACUGGGCGAAGUUGCUGAUCAAGGAUCUCCAAAAGGAGGAUGCGCGGAUCUACACUCUUCUGGUGGAGAGCGAGAAGGGUAGAGAUUCGACCAACGUCAAAUUGCUCGUCCGAGACUCGACGGAGAUGAGGGUGAUCGCGGCAGCCGCUGCUGUUGGUUUGCUGUUUCUUCUUCUUCUGAUAACGACCGCUGUGUACUUCCUGCUGAGACUGAAGAACCGUCGGUACAGCCAGGAAGAGGAGGAGGGUAGUAUCGCGGCGGACGCGUUUUAUAGUAAUACGACGCCGACCGAAAGGCAGAAGAAUAUUAAUUCGCCGAGCAAGGGUUUUGGGAGGAAAGGGAACUCGGACGGGCUGGCUGUCACGUAUGACUAUGAUCAGAUCGCGAAACAGGUGCGGACUAUGAGUCCUGAAGCUUUGAAAGUCAGGCGAGCGCCAGCUGUUCUUCAACCACCGACUAUUGUGUAACUGUUAACGUGUUCAUUGGCAUGACGGUCGUUGACGACUAACAUUGAACUGUAUGUCUUGUUCCUUGCUGACGAAAGGCAGAGAACACGGUUCUCUUUGAGAAAAAAAGGACAUCUUUAAACGAAGAUAGCUCUUGUUUGAUGCUCUUCACAGUGAGCUUAAGUAUGACAUUGUCAUAGUUUUGUAUUAAAAUUGUACAUAUGUGAAAAUGUUGCUAGUGUUUAGUUCAAUGAUUUGCUACUUAAGAAUUUUAUUAUCAAGGUUAACUCUUUUGUUGUUAUCAUUGUUGCAUUUAAGUUUUAGACAAAGAGAUUUGAGGAUAUACAAAGCAAAGUUGAUCUCUCUGUUAAGUAUUUGUAACACUUUUGUAACAUAGAGUCUUAACAGUUGUACUUACCAUUAGUAUAAAUACUGUCAAAUAAAAUUGUUUUAUAGCACAAGAGGUUAUGAAGCCUUGAAGUGGAUCUAGCAUUUUUUAAAAUAAUAAGAGUUCACAUUUCUUUCUUAUUUAUUUAAUCUUUAACUCUCGGCUCCCUAUCGCAGAAAAGACUAUGUAACUACAGAAUAGUACCGACAAGGCUACAUAAUACAUUAUUAUUCUUUAUGUAUUAAAUACACUUUACACAAUGUAAUGUUGUAGAAAAAAAAAGAUAUAAUAUUUGAGAAACAUGUAAUUUUGUUUCUCUUGAACAUGUGUACAUAUUGCUGAUACUUUAAUACAUUAUAGGGUCAUUGGUCCCGGAUAGAUGUUCUCAAAUAUAUAAUAUUUGCAACAUAUAUUAUGACAUCUAUAAACUUAAACCGUACAUUAUUCAUGUAUUCGCAUGUUCCUCAACACUUCUCUUAAAGUCAGGUACACUUUAAAUAAAUUCAUUAACAUCGCGUGUAAGGCAUAAUUCUAACAUAAUCCUUCCCUUUGUAGCUUUACGGUGCAUUUAAAGAGAAACAAUUUAACAAUCGUAGUAACAGUGAAUUCAUUUUCAUUGUAUAUAAUUCAUUUUUUGUUAUAUAAUCAAUAUGUUGCAUUUCUUUAACAAUUUUCUGACGAUGCUUUUCAAUUCCUGACACAUCAGGUAUAUAUGAACACUGUAAAAACUAAAAAAUGCAAGCUUUUCUCUAAUGUUUGAGUUGAUCAUGUUACAGAACUCGUAAAAGAUUAAUCUUAUACCGUAGAAACAAAAAUU